AUGACCCUGUGGGGAGAGAUCGCAGGCGAUUCAGAAGGCAGGCGGACGUGGUCGAUGCUGAUCUAUACGGGGAGUCGGUAUGUCCCAGCUUUCUGCCCCCGCAAUUCACCUUCGAGUAUCUUGCUGAUAAUGCAGAUGGGCGGCGACAUCUACUCCACGAACAUAACGAUCGGAGAUCCGCCGCAAUCGCUCACAGUCUCCGUCGACACCGGCAGCGCCGACCUCUGGGUCGUAUCCGCCGAGAACCCCGUCUGCGACGUGCGAGGGACGCGCUGCGACGACUUUGGACUAUACAACCCCAAUUCUUCGACGUCGUACGUGCCGUUGUCUGAUGAGUUUGGGAUUUCGUAUGGUGAUCGCUCGUGGGCGGAGGGGCAUUAUGCCACCGACACAGUUAGCAUUGAGAACGCGGACAUACCGGGGGUCCAGUUUGCUGUUGCGACGUCGUCGAGUAUAGAUAAGGGCAUCCUCGGCAUCGGCUACAGCGCCAACGUUGUCGCAGACUAUCGCUACCGCAACUUCCCCGAGCUCCUGGUAGCCGACAAUAUCACGAAGAGCAACGCCUACAGCCUUUGGCUCAACCGCCUCGGCUCAAACGAAGGGAGCAUUCUCUUCGGUGGGAUAAACACAGCGCACUACACCGGUACCUUGCAAACAUUGCCAGUGGUACAGUAUAUGGGGGACUACAUCCACCUCUGGCUCACUCUCACGGAGAUGGGCGUUGAAUCCGCCUCCGAUAGCAUUGCAAAAUCAUACACAGAUACGCGAUCAACAACUGGAGCCGCAGAGUUUCCUCUUGUCGCGCUUCUCGACUCCGGCGCGACGUUAACAUACCUCCCCUCGAACGUCGUCGCGCAGAUCUACUCCGAUCUCGAUGUGCACUUCUAUCAGCAAGGGCAGUUUGGCUACGUUCCAUGCGACACGUACCUCGUCGGUCGCGAAGACUAUAACAUCACAUUCACGUUCAGCGGAGUAACGAUCCGCGUCCCGCUGUCGGAACUCGUCCUCCACGAUGCAAUCUCCGGACCCGGACGAAACGCCCUCCCGCUACCGGACACCGACUCCGAUGAAGAGAGUUGCCUCUUUGGCAUCUUACCUGCCGUCGACUUCUUCCCAAUUCUAGGCGAUACAUUCCUUCGCAGCGCAUAUGUCGUCUUUGACCUCGACAACAAUGAGAUUUCGCUGGCGCAGGCAAACAGGAACCCUGGCGAUGACCGCAUCCUCGAGAUUGGGAAGGGCGGUGAUAGUGUGCCCGAGGCCGAAGAUGUAAGCGAUCCGGUGAUGACGGCGACCGUGGUUCUGGGAGGCUCGAGCUUGGUUCUUCCGGCUGGGUGGACGAAUGAGCCUGUUUUUCCGACUCGGACUGUUACGACGAGUACGGCGGCGAGCACGGGUACGAGUGAUGGUGAUGCGGAGGAGACGGGUGAUACUACGAUUAGUGGCUCGGGAUCAGGGUCGGAGACUACACCAACCGGGUUUGAUGCGCCUGCGGAGACGGAUGGUGCGAUUGGAACUGCGGUGGGCAGGAACCCAUUGCUAUUGGUAUCGGCGGUUGUGCUUGGUCUCCUGCUCGGACUGUGA